AUGAUUCCUUAUGUGUGUUAUUGUAAAUUAAUAUUUUGCUUAUAUUCGGUCCAAUCUGUGUUAUCGAUGUCGUUAUUAAGCAACAAUCCCCUAUUUUCAAUAAACAGUAACACGGAACAAGAAGUUACAGAUUAUAUAGUGGCUAAGGGGUAUUUACCUGUGGAAAAGAAAAAGUCAAAAGGGCCUAUAAUUAAAAGUGCUGAUAGUGACGCAACGUAUUUACUUUCAAAGUUAUCUGAUGAAGAUCUGAUAAAGCUACUUAGCGAACAACCAAACAAGAAUGAAUAUGAUAUAAGAGAGUUAGUGAAAAUUACUUCAAGUCCAAUAAGUACUUCUAACUACGACCAAGCUCUUGAUUUGAGACCAGUAUCAAAGAGCUCUGUAACUGUUCCAAAUGCAAAUCUACUUGCGAAUCUUAAGAAAAAAAGAUUUCAGACAGCAUCAGACAAAGGAAUACCGCAACCCGCAUUUUUUAGAUUGGAAAAUAAAGAAGUUGAUCCCUUCGCAACACCAAAAGUCUCAGGAAUAGAAUAUUCUGCUGUACAAAAAUUAAAUAAUUUACUUUAUAGUCGUCCGUCUGAGGCACAACCGCAAAAUAAAGCAAUAGAUGAAGAUGAAAAGAAAGAACUAUUAUUUGAUGUUCUAGUAGCUCAACUGAAAUCGCUUUGUUGCAAAAGGAGUAAGUCGCCAAAAAAUAACGAAACAUCAAAAUUGAAACUGAAAGGAUUGCUAAACAAUAUUUUACCUCAAGGAUUGACUGGUAAGACUCGUCUAUCAGAAGUAAAGAACACAGAAACAACAAUGCCGAAUGAACACAUGUUCCUAGUCUUAAAUGAUGAAAUUAAAAGUAAUGGUAAUGAAGGAGAUCUAAUAUCUGUGGAUCCAGACAGCCUCGGUACAAAUAGCAGUGUGAUGUUAUUAGGACCUAUAGCGACACCUUUGUCCGACAUUCAACUUAAAGUAGUGAUGAUGCGCAUGUCAAAUGAACUCACGAAACCAGAGUACAUUCCACUCUUACAGCAAAUAUCAGAAGGCACCAUUGGUAAUGACCACGUAGGGUUCGUCGAUAGCGUUAUUAGUGGACCUCAGACAAGACGAUAUAUCAAACCACAUAGAUGCAACGACCAGUCUCAAAUAACUCGUGUUUAUGGUGGACCUAAAUGGAUAAUAUGUACAGGAUAUAUAAAUUUAAAUACGCCCAGUCUGUAUGACUAA